CGUAACUAUGCCGCCAUGAUAGGGGGCAUGUAAAAAACAAACAAAAUACGUUCGAGCCAUGGGAAAGUUUUGCUGUGUUGUAGGCUGUGGAAAACGCUCUGAAAGGGACAAAAAUAUCAGAUUUUUUAAUUUACCAAAGGUUAUUACACAUCAGGGUGAAAAAACCAGACAGAUUUCUCUUCAACGUCGUGGAAAAUGGCUUUCAAACAUUCGGCGGGACGCUGUGUUUAAUGGCCAAAUAAAAAAUGUAACUGUUUGCUCGCUUCAUUUCCAUCAAGGGAAACCAGCUACAGUAUAUGAGACGACUCAUCCUGACUGGGCUCCAACAAUCGCAAUGGGUCACUUAUCUGGUUCAGUAAGUCAGCCAUCAAAAACCUCCUCGCUUACAAGACACCAUCGAACUAGUCAAAGAGCCCUAAAAAGGCGUCUUCAAUUUGAGCAAACUGGAGAGAACAAAGAAAAGCAAGCUAUAAGCAUUCAACAAGUGGAAGCAACCUCGGAAGAAAUGGUGGAUAAUGGUCCUCACUUUCGUCAUCUAACUGAUCCAAGAUAUCAUCUAGAAUGUAAUUCUGGCAUAAAUAAUGAUAUGGGGGAAGGUUUAGAAGCUGAUAACCUAGAUACAGAAUCACAAGAAACACAGACCGAGUAUAUGAGCACACGAAGUAUCGAAGUGCAAACCGAUUUGCUAUCAAUCGAUAUCGAUUUGCUUCAAGAAAAAACCACACGAAACUCUACUAAUGAUCCUUUGGCGCCCGAAAAUCUAACUGAUGAUGAAAAGCUUAGAUUCUACACUGGUCUACCAAAUAUGGCUGUAUUUAUGGGAAUUCUUGAGCUAAUAAGUCCAGGUCUUGUAAUGCGAAAUUCCUUGACAAGAUUUCAACAAAUGUUAUUGACUCUAAUGCGAUUACGGUUAAACUUACCUGUUCAAGAUCUUGGCUACAGAUUUGGCAUUCAUGCAUCCAUUGUAUCAAGAGUGUUUCAAAGCUGCAUAGAUGUUAUGUUUUCAAGAAUGAAAUUUCUGAUUCAUUGGCCAGAUAGAGAACAAUUAAGACUGACACUUCCAAUGUGUUUUAGAGAAAGGUUUUCUUCUUGUGCUGUCAUAAUCGAUUGCUUCGAAGUAUUUAUCGACCGCCCUUCCGAUUUUUUAGCUAGAGCCCAUACUUGGUCGUCUUAUAAACAUCAUAACACUGCAAAGUUUCUGAUAUGGAUUACACCACAAGGUACAGUAUCGUUUAUAUCAAAAGCAUGGGGUGGUAGGGCGUCAGACAAAUUUAUUACUGAACACUCAGGCAUAUUAAACAAGCUGGUUCCUGGUGACUUAGUUCUAGCAGACAGAGGAUUUAACAUUGCAGACAGUGCCGGAUUAUACUGUGCAAGUAUUAAGAUUCCAGCUUUUACUAAAGGCAAGGCUCAACUGUCACCUGUAGAGAUAGAAACAACAAGAUCCAUAGCUAAUGUUCGCAUACAUGUGCAGCGAGUUAUUGGCAGUGUUUGUCAGAAAUACACAAUUCUUGGUCAUGGAAUAGCUCCAAUCGACUAUUUGCGAGCAGAUGAUGGUGAACAUUGCUUACUUGACAAGAUAGCUACAGUAUGUUGUGCUUUAGUUAAUUGUUGUCCAUCAGUAGUUUCUUUCGAGUAGUGCAACAACAUUAAACAUGAACAAUUUAUUCUAAAAUAUGUUGAAACAGAUAAAUAAUAAAUAUUGCAAACAUCAUAACUUAGCAUAAUUGGCUCAGAAGUUGCUUCUGAAAUAGUUGCUAGUGAACUAUUUACAUUUUCUCCCUUUCUACAAAAGUUUUCUACAGUCUACACAGAACCAUGGUUUGUUUGCUGCCGGCUUUCGAGAUAAACCACAGCACUUCGUGUGAAACAUUUUAAACAAACAUUUAUCAUUACUACAUUUUAAAACAAGUGUGUCAUCUAGCUUAACUCUGCAAUAGCAAAACAAUAAUGUGUCAUUUGAUGGAAGUGGUUUUGAAGUGUGAAACUUUGCAAGAAGCUCUGGUAAAAUUGCAAAAAUGUAGAUUUCUUUUGCUUUUUCAAUAUUGACCGCAAGGAAUUUGUCAUCUCUCUGAAUUCGUUCAAUAUAAAUGUCAUUUGGAGUCCAGACAACAAAAUCUACAAACUUUAACUUUAUAGAGGCUAAUUGCAGUUGGACUUGAUAGUAAUAUUGGUGUUUCCUGUCCAUCUGUAAGGUACCAUUUGGUGUCUUAGUGAGACAAAAAUUCUUUCCACCACAUAUGCCAUGCUGGAUAGUCUUGUUUCUUAAACUGUAUGGGCACUUAAUCUCAACACAUCCUUCACCAUGGCAGUUGCAGUAACUGAUUGCAUCUGGACUUGCACCAAGAAAAGGGUACUUUGGAUCAAUUACAAAUCCAGAUUCUUUAACUGAGAAGAUGCUAUGAUUUUCUUUCAUUACCUAAAUAAAAUUAAGAUAUAUAUUUAUGUAUCUAAUUAUUUAUUUUGAUAUAUUGCACAGCAAAGCCCAUGUAAUUAAGAAAAUUAAAUUUUUGUGCCAAAUGAGUA